CACGGUCGGCAAGUACAAGCGGCAGCGCUACGUGACCAAGGAUGGAAAGUGCCGUGUGCGGUUGGGCCACAUCCAGGACAAGAUGCGCUUCCUCUCCGACAUGUUCACCACCAUCGUUGACCUCAAGUACCGCUGGUUUCUCGCCAUCUUCACGCUCUGCUACCUGCUCACGUGGUUGCUUUUCGGGCUCGUCUACCUGCUCAUGGCGCUCAUCCGAGGCGACCUCGACCCCCAGGAGGGGCACCAGGCGUGCUUCGACAACGUGGACGGCUUCCUCGGAGCACUGCUCUUCUCCGUCGAGACCCAGCGCACGAUCGGGUACGGCACGCGGUCGGUGACGUCACAAUGCCCAGAGGGAGCCAUCUUGGUGAUGGUGCAGUCCAUCCUGGGCUCGAUCAUCGACGCGCUCAUGGUGGGCUGCAUGUUCGUGAAGAUCGCGCGGCCCAAGAAGCGCGCCGAGACGCUCGUGUUCACGCAGCGCUGCGUCGUCUCGCAGCGCGACGGCCACAUCUGCCUCAUGUUCCGCCUCGGCGACCUGCGCGACACCCACCUCGUGGGCCCCAACAUCCGCGCCAAGCUCGUCCGCUCGCGCCAGUCCCAGGAGGGGGAGUUCCUGCCGCUGGAGCAGUCGGACAUCAACCUGGGGAGCGAGACGGGUAGGAACAGCCUCUUCCUCGUGGAGCCUCUGCUCAUCUACCACGUGAUCGACGCGAGCAGCCCCUUCUGGGAGUUCUCGGCGGAGUCGCUGCAGCGCGAGGAGUUCGAGAUCGUCGUCAUCCUGCAGGGGACGAUAGAAGCCACCGGCAUGACGUGCCAGGCGCUGACGUCCUACACCAACGACGAGAUUCUGUGGGGUCAUCGCUUCGAGCCGGUGAUGUCGCUGGUGAAGGGCGCAUUCAAGGUGGACUACAGCUGCUUCGAGAACACGUACGAGGUGAACUUGCCGACCUGCAGCGCCAAGGAGAUGUACGAGAAGCAGCAGGCGGCCCUCGGCCUCAUCUAACAUCACCGCCGGACGGCAGGGGCCACUCAGAAUGG